CCAGUCCCAUACGCGGUGUGACUGAGCGUCACGCGGAUGGCAUAACCAAGCCUGCGUCACUUACCUUAAAAAUAGUCGUUACAGUGACAUAACCGUUCAUGUCAGACUGGCAAUCGAGUCGAUCGACGCCGCGAAUAAAUAAUACAAUCGCGAUUAUGGAGGAGAACCGGGGGGCAGGUGUGAGGGAAUUCCCCGUGGAAAUCUCUCUGAACAGCCCCAACUGGACGCCAUUGCAAGUCGUCCCGAGGCGAACACCCAAAACUGGGGCCGAACGGAUGAGAGCGUGCCGCGCGCGGAAGAGACUAUUGGCUGCGGGAAUUAAUCCCGAGGUUUUGGAGGCUGAUGAUGCCUUGAGAGCCGCAUUGUACCUGCCGUCGAGUUCCCGACAGCCGUCAAAAAGUGGGGCUGAACGCAUGAGAGCGUUGAGAGAGCGUAAAAGAAAAUUAAAAAGUCGCGAGGAUGAUGAGGAAGCUGGAACAAUUCCAAAUACUCCGUCCACUGAAGACGAGACCAAUUUUCAGGCGGAUUUCGAACCUGUCCCGGAGAUCAAGAAAGAGCCAGAAACCGAAAUAGAACUAGAAUCUCCGGGGAGUCACGAUAGGAUCAGUACCGAAUGUGACUUAGGUGACAUGAACGAGCCAUAUCUCAAAACAAAAUGGAAAGGCCUGAGGGACAGGUUCAGGUAUGAGAUGAAGAAAGACAUUCUCUACCGGAAGACGGCAGACCCGAAGAACAAGCCGACUUGGAGGCACUACAAGGACCUUCAGUUUCUGAAGGAGCAGAUGCUCCCGAAGCCGCCGAUCUCGGACCGUUCGGGUCGAUGGGAAUUCGUGGAUCCUCUGACCCUGAGCGUUCGUUCAUCGACUGUUCAAACUUCUGGAAAGAAGACCAAGAGGACGAAGAUCAGGGGCGCUGCAUCAGCCUCUGGGACUGCCGACGGUGAUAGUGAGGACGUCAACUUCAUCGAUGUCAAGGAAGAACCGGAGUUCGUACCUGAUGAGGUUGAGGAGAAUGGAGAGGAGGAUGAGGACGAGGACUUUGAUAAAGGCUUUACGAGUUGCGAGGACUCUAACAGAACCUCUGAGAAACAGAAUGGGGAGGGAAUGGGUUCGACGAAUGACGUUAGUAAUGAAAAUACCAGUGGAGAGUCUUGGGUUGACCCCGUGGAAACGAGUGGCCAGCUUGAUGACAAUUACCAUUUUCUCAUGAGUCUAUUACCUCACAUUCAGAAGCUAUCGGGGGAGCGGCAAAUGUUGCUGAGGAUGCAGAUACAGGAGAUGGUUUAUAAAGAAGUGUAUAAGAAAUGAAUGAAGUCAUUGUUGAGGAGAAAUACUAGAGAAAUUGUGAACGAGAAUGUGAUUUUUUUGCAUGAAGAUGGGAAAUGUACAUAAUGUGAAGAAUGUGUUUGAAGAGUUGGGGAUUUUCUUUUUUUGGUUAUGGCAAGGCGGAUAUUCAAUUUUUAUUUUGUGUUAAAAAGUGACUUCACAUGAGAAUUUGAGAAUAAAAGGAAUUUGCGAAGACUCUAAUGAACUUUUUGAAAAUCCGAAUGGGGAGGAACUGAUUCGACGAAUGAUAUUAGUAAUGAGAAUACCAGUGGAGAGUCUUGGGUGGACCCCAUGGAAAUGAGUGGCUAGUUUGAUGACAAUUACCACUUUCUCAUGAGUGGCAAAUGUACAUAAUGUGAAGAAUGUGUUUGAAGAGUUGGGGAUUUUCUUUUUUUUGUUAUGGCAAGACGAAUAUUCAAUUUUUAUUUUGUGUUAAAAAGUGAUUUCACAUGAGAAUUUGAGAAUAUAAGGAGUUUGCGAAGACAUUUGUAAGGAAGCGUAUAAUAAAUGAAUGAAGUAAUAUUGAGGAGAACUACUAGAGAAAUUAUGAGCAGGAAAAUGAUUUUUUUUAAUGAAAAUGGGAAAUGUUCACGACGUGAUGAUUAUGUGUUUGAACUCCAAGAUAUUAUUGUUAAAUGAAUAUGUGGAGGGGGGGGGGGAAUGAAGAACUGACGCGGAAUUAAUGAAUCAUUUUGAUGAUUGCAUUAGCAUUUCUUUCUCAUGAUCGAGACAUUCAGCACGUUCUGCGGAACAUGAAAAUGCAAGUGUGAAUAUCAGAACUAUUCAAUAAAUAUAUUUUAUGAGCGA